AUGACCCAUGAUCUGGGUAAAGAACCAAUGACAUGGCUCUUUUCCCAUGUGAUCAGCUGUGUCCAAUCACAGCUGAUCACAUGUAAAGAAGGAGAUGCCGUUUAUCGACUCUCCUUGCCGCAUACUGACAGUAGGUUUUCCUGUACUGAGUGUGGGAAGUGUUUCCGUUUUAAUUCCAGCCUUAAUGUGCAUAAAAGAUCACAUACAGGUGAGAAGCCAUAUUCCUGCCCUGAGUGCGGGAAAUUUUUUUCAGAGAAGGGCCAUCUUCUCAUUCAUAAGAGAUGUCAUACGGGUGAGAAGCCGUAUUCCUGUCCUGAGUGUGGAAAAUGUUUUUCAGAGAAGUCCUCUCUUAAUAAGCAUCAGAGAGUUCAUACAGGCGAGAAGCCGCAUUCCUGUUCUGAGUGCGGAAAAUGUUUUUCUUAUAAAUCCUCUCUUUAUAAUCAUCAGAGGUUUCAUACUGGGGAAAAACCGUAUUUCUGUUCUGAGUGUGGGAAAUAUUUUUCACAGAAGACCCAUCUUAACAGACAUCAGAUGUCCCACAAGGGUGAGAAGCCUUUUUCCUGUCCUGAAUGUGGGAAAUGUUUUACAAGGAAGUCUGAUCUAUACAGACAUCAGAGAACGCACACGGGUAAGAAGCCAUAUUCCUGUUCUGAGUGUGGGAAAGGUUUUUCAGACAAGUCCACUCUUUCCACACAUCAGAGAUUGCACACAGGUGAGAAGAUGUAUUCCUGUCCUGAGUGUGGGAAAUGUUUUUCAUUAAAGUCCAACCUUUACAAACAUCAGAAAUUACACAUUGGGGAAAAGCUGUAUUCCUGUUCUCAGUGUGGGAAAUGCUUUGUAAAAAAAGCAAAACUUGUCAGACAUCAGAAGUCUCACACGGGGGAUAAAUCAUUUUGCUGUCUUGAGUGCGGGAAAUGUUUUGUACAAACAUCAGAUCUUGUCAGACAUCAGAGGUCUCACACGGGGGAGAAGCACUUUGGGUAA